GUAGUAGCCCGUAGCACAGCCGCUGGCGCAGGGCUGAUCUCUAUGCUCAGGAGCGAAAUAAAUCCCAGGGUCCACGUAGUCUCACCUCACAGAUUUUCCGGCGGCGCCAAAAAGCGACCCGGAGAGUUGGCGUAGCACGCAAGCGCAGUUGGCCACUGGACCCCAGCGGUGUGAUGGAGGUUGUGUGAGGCCUCCCCAGAUCAUGGCUCAUUUGGAUGAAGCAGCCCGCCAGCUGUCCAAAACUGGGACAACCCUCUAUGCCGUGCUGGAGCUUAAGAAAGGUGCCUCACCUGAAGACAUCAAAAAGGCUUACAGGAAACUGGCCUUAAAGUAUCAUCCAGACAAGAAUCCAGGGGACGCUCAAGCAGCAGAAAUAUUCAAAGAGAUCAACACAGCCCACUCCAUACUGAGUGACCCUAAGAAGCGGAAAAUCUACGACCGGCAUGGCUCAUUGGGAAUAUAUAUAUAUGAUCACUUUGGCGAAGAAGGUGUCACAUACUAUUUUACGAUGAAUAGUUGUUGGUUCAAGGUAUACGAUUCUUCCUG